UUUGGUUAUUGUAAUAUAAUAAUAAUAAAUCGUCUCAUUAUAAUAACUAGUUUUUGCAUAUUUAUCCCAGAAGGAGCAAUUAGAACUACAUUGUUAACCAUUACAUCAUCUAUUCAUACUCCCAUAUAGUAACCGCUGCUCAAUUUUUUGAAACAUUUUUCCAUAUGCAAGAUGAAUGGUCGGGUUAAAUAUCAUAUUUUAGCCGUAUUCAAGAGUCCGAUUGAAAAGAGAACAAAAAAGUCUAUGGUACUGUCAGUCUAUAUGUGUCAACAAUGUCAUGUCAUUGUCAUUUUCUGUUUGUGAUUUCCUUUUGCUUUGCUAUUUUUGCCAUUAAAAAUUUGUCACCUAUUUUAUAUUAAAUUUUCGUAAGGUCUGGGUUUAGGUCACCAUUUACCUAGUAUUAAAUAGUUGGAAUAUAUUAUUUUAUGUUUAUAUACUAAAUGAGUAACAGAGAUGAACAAAAACUACGAAAGAUGUACACAUUGUAAUCGUCGUAAAUGGCUUACAACAGGAUGCCUACGGAAAUGGAUAAAACCAAUGGAAUGUAAACAUUUUCAACGAACUAUUGAUAACAAACGAGAUUUCUCGAAUACAGAAAUUAAUUGUGUAUUUCUACCUGAACGCAAGCCUCCUAUGAAUACAAAUAAAUUUGUAAAAUUCUGGAAAAACAAAUUGUUUAUUACUGGCAGUGUCAGAUCUCUACAAAGAUAUUUUGGAAACAAAACUGGUGGUGAACAUAUUUGUAAUUUUAAUAAUAAAAAUAAUUAUCCUUCAUCAAUAACAGACAAAUAUUUAGGAUCUCAUAACAACUGUGAAAAUAAAAAAGAUUUGGAAGUGAGUAAACAGACAAUGAAAUGUCAACAUUCUGAGGGCCAUUCAGUCCUACGUGGUCAUCAUCAACAUGCUUCUGUGGAGACUUGUGCUAUAUAUUGCCAAUUAUCUAAACAUGGCUGGUAUUGGGGAGGAAUAACUUCAAGUGAGGCUGAAGAAUUAUUAGCUGGACAACAUGAUAAUGUUUUUCUUGUACGUGACUCAUUUGAUUCUCGUCAUAUACUAUGUGUAUCAUUCCGGUGUGUAGGACGCACUCUGCAUGCUCGCUUAAGACAUGCUAAUGGACUUUUCUCUUUGAACAAUGAGACUUUUGUACCGGCAAAUAGGAUAUCUGAGCAUUGUGCUGCUGUGGAUGUGAGAUCAAACUUAUUUGAGAUGCCAGUCAAAUUGGCUAGACCUUUAAACAGAUUUGCGAGAUUGGACUCUCUACAAAUGAUCUGUCGAUUUGUUAUACGUCAAACAGUCUCAGCAAGUGUGUGGGAAAAGUUGCCUUUACCACCAAACUUAAUAUUAUAUGUAUCUCUGGGCAGUGAUUACAUAGUCCCCUCAUAGCCAAUACAUAUUGUAACACUGUGCCUUCAGAGUCAAACCACUCCUUAAUAUAAGCCUACUUACAUGUAAUGGACUGUGUCAUUUAUUAUGACUAUUAUUAUGUAGAAAGUGUUCAUAAAUUUUAUACAAAAUAUUUUAAUAAUAAAAAUUAAUUCAUAUUGCA